CUUGCCGACAAAGCUCCAUAAAUUCCAGCACACGGUGCCCGGCUCCUUCACAAUCCCUCCAGCAAUGAACCAGUGUGCACAAGAAGAAGGAGCUUGCUGCUGGUCCUGAGAUCUAAGGUCUAAGAUCCAGAGCAAGCGACCACUGGCAGUUCAGGAGACUGUGCUAGUAACCACCAGAGCUGAAGACCCCGAAGUAGCUGCUGCAUGCACUGAUUUGCAGUGAGCCCUGUGAACAAAAAAAAGCUGACUCUUCUGCUGAUAGUUGUCUUCUGACUCUUCUAGGAAUGGGUUGUGUGUACUAUUACCUGCUGCUAUGCAUGGCAGCCCUUGCCUAUGCCAAGUCAGUUCCAGGCAGUUCCAUGGAUGAGGAGCUAACUGCUCCAGUUAGAGUAAAUGAAGGAACAUCUGACAGUGGGAAGGUCACCUACCGCAUGGACGUUUUUGGAGAAGUUCUGACCCUGGACUUAGAGGCAGAUUCCAGUUUCUUAGCCCCUGACUUCAGUCUGCAAUAUGUUGGUACCCCAAAGUCCACUGGAGAAGGACCUGAGGAUUCUUUGGCCAACCUGGCUAAAUGCUUCUAUUCUGGCACUGUCAAUGGGGACCCGUCUUCUAGUGCUGCCCUGAGUCUGUGUGCAGGUAUCAAAGGGGCUUUUUACUACCUUGGACAAGAGUACUUCAUUCAGCCCAGCAACCACACGCUGACUUCUUCCAGCGACCCCAACCCACUGGUGCUCCAUCUGAUCCGCAGGAGGAGCCGGGCUAAAGCUAAGUGUGGGGUAACUGACCUGCCCAUCCAGACCACAGAAUCUGAGGAGCCACAGUCUCCAAAAACCAUGACAUCCACAGGUAGGUCACUCAGUGCACUGGGGUUCUCUGUGCAUGGAGAGUCUGUGAGUGAUUGAAGUAUCAGAGAAUGAUAGAUAGUAACAGUUUGUAGCACAUCUGGCAACAAAUCUGUAAAUGCUAUUCAACACCAAAUAUCAAUGUGUAUGUGUUUAUAAAGACGUGCAUUCAGAGUAAAUAUUUAGAAAGCUUAUAGCAGAUGACAAUAGAAGCAUGCUUGUGCAAUAUAGCAAUGUAAUUAUAGUGUUUUCUUUUAAAAUCUAAUAAAGUGUAAUGCAGGGCUUCUAAAACCUCAGGACCUCACAAUUUGUAGUAAGUAUAUGAAACGUUGUAUAUUGAUACCUGUAGUGGUUGCCCCUUAGAAAUAGCUGGGUUGGCACAAAACCUGUCUUUAAGACUUCUCCAAACUUUGAAGACUUGUUAACUACUGAACUGUCUCCUUACUCCCAGGCUCUCAUAGUGCAGGGCUGUAGUGCAAAAUGUAGAUUACUAGAAAGUAAAGUAUCUUGGGAGUUGUAGUUCUACAACAUCUGGAGAUACACCUUUUGGGCACCCCUGCUUUAGUGUGUAUUAGUGAUAGCAUAUCCUAUAGAUCACAAUCAUUGAACCUGCAUGGUAUUGGAAGUAGGUAAAGUUUAGGAGGAGAGCUACAGGUAGCUGGCUAAACCAUGCAGAUAUUAUUGCAAAAUGAUAUCAUUGCAAUAAUUAAGCAAGCCCAUGCUUGCACAGCCCUACUUAGUGUUGUGAAAAUAAUUACAUCUUCCAAUGGUGCACACAUAUAAAUCAGCUUGUAAAACCUCUUAUUUUUCCAUAAAAACAUGUGGCAUUGGAGAUGAUAAAACACAAAACAUGUGUUUCUCUUGGCCACAGGGCUUUGUGUGGUUACAUUCAUUUUGAAUGCAUAUAUGCACCAUAGGCAUUGCAGAAUUGUAUGCUGACCUCCCUGUAGCUUGCAGGGUUAAUGACUAAAGUGUGAAUUGUUAGGAACGUCUUGUUGUAGGCCAAAAUAGUCAAGCUAAAAACAUAGGAGGCUUAGAGAAUUUUUUUAAUUUAUCUUCAGCUGCUGUGUCCUGAAAUGUAAAAACUGUCUUCAUUCAUUUUGAAUUCUGCACCAUAAACACUUUAGUAAAUAAUCUUCUCAGUGGUUUGUAAAUGGUUAACUCUGGCAGCUCCUUAAAGAGGGGAAGGGUCAGUGGAGACACUGAAUGUCAGGACAAGGGUAUGGUGUGCUUCAGUAGGGCUGUGGUUUCAGGGUCAGAGUUGUAGUCGGAUAUUUGGCAGGAGUCACAAGUACUGCACUGUGAUUCCACGUGGAAGAGAGUGACCUAAUAACUACUCCUUAAAUGCAAAAAGAUGGAAGGUGACUCAUAUCUACGCUGCUCGGCCAAGAGAUGACUGAAAGGCCUUCUGCAGGAAAAGUUAUUUCAUUUGCAGAUCUCAAGUUAUUUUUUAGAGCACUACAGCAGAAUAAGUUCACUUUUCAUGGCUUUUGUUAUUUUUACAUAUUUUCUCACACAAUUCUAAAACAUUUAAUUUGUAUGAGUGUAUUAAUUCUAAUAUUUGCAUUUUUUUUUUUUUUAGGAUCAGGAAAUACAAGAAAAAAAAGAUUUGUAUCCAGUCCACGUUACUUGGAAACUUUGCUUGUGGCUGACCAAUCUAUGGCAGAAUUCCAUGGAAGCAGCUUAAAACACUACUUACUCACAUUAAUGUCUGUAGCUUCCAAGCUCUACAAACAUCCCAGCAUCCGAAAUUCAAUCAGCCUGGUGGUGGUAAAGAUUCUCGUUAUCUACGAGGAUCAAAAAGGUCCAGAAAUUACCACCAAUGCAGCUUUGACCCUAAGAAACUUUUGCCACUGGCAGAAACAACUGAACCCUGUGAGCGACCGCCAUGCAGAACACUACGAUACUGCAAUACUUUUUACGAGACAGGUAAGAUAACAUUACUUUCAUGACAACAAGUUCUUAUCUCUUCAUAAAGUUUUCAAUAAGUUAGUGAACAUUCAUUAGACCACCACCGAAAAUUAGAUUUAGCGGUACCGAACGAUUCCAAUGAUUCCCAAAAUUUGAAACAAUAUAUAUAGUAUUUAUACAAGGCUAGCAGUGAAAGUCAACUGUCUCCUGCCAAAAAGAGUUUACUUAUCUGAUUAAUAACCUAACUGUAUUUUUUUUUCUUUUUUAUAGGAUCUUUGUGGUGCCCAGACAUGUGACACCCUUGGGAUGGCUGAUGUUGGAACAGUCUGUGAUCCAAGUCGUAGUUGCUCAGUUAUUGAAGAUGACGGCUUGCAAGCAGCCUUUACAACAGCCCACGAAUUAGGUAUGAAAACAUAGGCACAAUUAAGUUCCAGACUCUCAUGCUUGGGUUCAGACUUAUCAUUAUUUAUUUUAUACCCAAGCAAACUUUUCUGAUAGUAAAAUUCAGUAUUUAAAGUUGGAAAUGGGGCCUCCAGUGUACAUCUGGAGUAAGAUGGGUUUAGCUCAUCAUUCACAGCUGUGACCAUCUUUUAUGGAUUAGGACAUAAAAAAUAGAAAGAAAUUGUGCAAUAUUAAGCUCAGAAUACUUUUUCUUUGUUUUAUGGAAACACUUGGCCAUUUGGUUUGUUUAAACUGCUUUAAGAUGAUCAUAUCUCAAACUGGAUGUUUCUCUCAAGAGCAUGUUGAAUUUAUCUAAAACAAAUAGCAAAGUGGUGUGUACACAAGGGGAUAGUUCAACAUUGCAAACAAAACCAUAGCAUGAUAAUCUAAAAAUUAAUAUAUAUUUUUAUUUUUUAGGUCAUGUGUUCAAUAUGCCACAUGAUGAUGCAAAACAGUGUGCCACCUACAAUGUUGCAAACCAGGAUUCACACAUGAUGGCAUCUAUGCUUUCCAACCUGGACAGACGAGAGCCAUGGUCUCCUUGCAGUGCAUACAUGAUAACAUCCUUUUUGGACAAUGGACAUGGUAAUUAAAAAUAUGAAAUGUAUAAAUACAAUAAUGAUGGGAUUAACUGUAGUCUGAGAAACAAAGGGGAGGGAUGGUUAGUUUGAUACACAAAACUUAUAGAAGCUACUUUUGAGAACAUAACAUUUACUAUCUGCCAUUCAGCACCAACAGUAAGUUUUGGUUGAUUGACAAAUGACUUGCAAACUGUACACCAAACUAUCCAUAGCCGAAAAGAAUAACCAUGUUUGCCAAGUUAAAAUUAUUUUCAAGUCUGAUAUUUUCACUUAAAUUUUAAGUCAGGAGUCAACUCAAAAAGACUUGCGGUUUAGUACAUAUGCCACUGUUAGGUUAAAGAAAAAUUACAUGGGAACAGCCUGUGUAAGAUAAUUAAAUCAGUGCUAACUUUAUCCAAAAAUGUCUAAUUUUUCAGGAGAAUGCUUACUGGACAAGCCCAACAGACCAAUCCAGCUCCCCUCAGAUCUCCCUGGAACACUGUACGAUGCCAAUAAGCAAUGCCAAUUUACAUUUGGAGAUGAGUCCAGACAUUGCCCAGAUGCCGCUAGCACGUGUACGACCUUGUGGUGCACCGGAGUCUCCGGAGGGCUGCUCGUGUGCCAAACUAAACACUUCCCAUGGGCAGAUGGAACAACUUGUGGAGAAGGGAAAUGGUGUAUGAAUGGAAAGUGUGUAGACCAGGCCGACAAGAAGCACUACGAGGUACUUAAUUUUUACUUCAAGUUUGAUUUCAAUUAUGUAGGGGAAUUUUGGGGGUUUUUUCAGUGAAUUAUCUCUAGGUCAUCGUAUAAAAGAUAUGUGCUAUAUUGACAAUCAGCUUAUAACUUAACUAACUAACUUCAUUUAACCAGUGUCAUAGAGGGUAAUUAUUAAAGCUAUGAAAUAUAUGAAUAUGCAUUUGAUGUUAACUGCAAAAAAAUUAAGUUGUAUUAAUAAGUAAUGUUUCACAAUAUCUAUAUUUCACAAUAGAUUCCAGUUCAUGGUGGCUGGGGACCCUGGGGUCGCUGGGGUGAAUGUUCUAGAACAUGUGGAGGAGGCAUCCAAUAUUCUCUUCGAGAGUGUGACAGUCCUGUCCCUGAAAAUGGUGGGAAAUAUUGUGAAGGAAAGCGGGUGCAGUAUCGAUCAUGCAAUAUUGAGGACUGUCCUUAUAAUAAUGGUAAGAUUUUUUUUUUAUAUAUAUAUAUAUAUUUUAUAUUGUGUAAAAAUGGAACGAAUGCAAAAAAAAAGGCAAAAUAAAAGUUUUCACAACAUUGUAAUGUUUAACUUGUAUUCCACAGGUAAAACAUUCAGAGAGGAGCAAUGCGAAGUGCACAAUGAUCUUUCCAAGUCUCCUUUUGGCAAUGGGCCUGCAGUGGAAUGGACCCCCAAAUUUGCAGGUGUUCCCCCGAAAGAUCGCUGCAAACUUAUGUGUCGGGCAAAAGGAACAGGAUAUUUCUUUGUAUUGAAUCCCAAGGUAUUUGUGAUAUAUUGCCAUCUAAUUCUUAGAUUAAAGAAGGUUGGAUUGGAUGUCCACAGAAAUGAGUUACAAUGUAUUAAACCGUGUUAUCUCCUUCAUUUUGACUCUACAUCCCUUAUAAUUAUAUUAUUGGCAUGCUGAUAGUAGAUCAAUAUCCCUCUAUAAAAAAAUAAUCUCUCUUUACCUUUUAUAUGUUGUACCAAAUGUACUAAUUGAAUUGGUAUUUUGUGUAACUAAGUAUAUUUAGUUAUGCAUAUGCUAAAAUUAUAUCAACAAAAAGCCCCAAACAUCUCCCUAGGAGGACUUUUAUUUAUACAAUAGUUAGAUCAUUUGUUUGAUGCAGACGGAGAGACAGCUACCUACCUGUCAUUACAAUUAGUAUCCCAUUUACAAGUAUGUAAAACAUUUACCAUUUAAAAAACAAGUCUAUAUUUCCAUUGAAAACCACUUUUUUUUCUGUAAAGAGAUCUACAGAGUGCAAGCCAAUGAUUUAUCUUACUUGACAUGACCUUAGUAUUAAUGAGUAUUCUGUUUCUUAACUUGCUUCAUAGAACUAGUGUUGUGUUUUAAAGUAUUCACAUGAUCUGCCCACUGCUUUAAAAAUAUAUUGUUUAGAUUAUUCUAGGAAUUAUGCACACAUUCAAUAUUUAUUUUAAUCUAGGAAUUAUGCACACAUUCAAUAUUUAUUUUUUUAUUGAUUGUGAUAUAUCCAAUCGCAUAGACUGACAUUGUCUUCUCACCUGUUUUCUCCAGGUAGUUGAUGGUACCCCGUGUAGUCCAGAUUCCACCUCAGUCUGUAUACAAGGUCAAUGUGUCAAAGCUGGCUGUGACCGAGUAAUUGGCUCCAGCAAGAAGUUUGACAAGUGUGGAAUUUGUGGAGGUAAUGGAUCGACCUGCAAGAAAGUUUCCGGCACCUUUAGUAACGCACGGUAUGUUAAAAAGUUUAAGUUUUUUCUUUACCUUCUGGUCAGUCACUUUGGCCUAUAUGUUAACAUGUCCACCCCUUGUCUUCACAUUUCUGUCAUCCCAUGUCCACCUCUUCUUUUUUCAUCUCUAUUUGAAAAACUUUUACAUAUGGUGUAUUAUUUAAAGUAUCCUAUUGUACACAUUCUGAUUGAGAAUAUUCAUACAGGUGCAUGAUCUUUCAUUUGGUAUUUUGUUUCAAUCCACCCACCCCAUUGUCAACAUAUAAGCCCCCCAGUCAUCAAAUAUUUCCAUGUUCCCUAAAAUGAUUUCCACUUAAUUACCUACUCAACUUCCUACAGCUGUAAAUGUGAUUUCGUUAGGUUUUGGGGAAAGAACCUAUUGCUCAAUAUUUUGGUUCCCCUAAGAGCAAAUGGUUCUGUCCAGCUCCAUAUACUAGUUAUCUUUCCAAAAUCACUAUGUAAUAGUUUGCAGAGCUCUAAAACCAAACACUAUGUCUUGUCACCCUUCUUUUUACAAGCAUUUUUUACAAUCCAUUUUUUUUCUUCACUAUGUGCUUUACUUAAACCAGUUUUAUAGUUUGAUGACAUACAAUUCACAUUUAGGUAACAUGAAAGGCAUCAGAAAUCUCUAUCAACAUUUGUUAUUUAAACUGCAAUUGAGUGAAAUAGCAUUGGUGCUGUGGCUUGGUACCACACUUAUUGACUAUAUAGAUAAUAUGCAAUGAUUUUUGACCUCAUUUGUUUUAUUUUCUUUGCAGACCUGGCUACCAUGAUGUUGUGACCAUUCCAGCUGGAGCAACCAAUGUUGAAGUCAAACAACGAAAUAAUAGAGGUUCAAGACACGAUGGCAGCUUUUUGGCAAUUAAGGCAACUGAUGGCAGUUAUAUUCUUAAUGGUGGUUAUACACUAUCAACUAUGGAACAAGACAUUACUCAUAAUGGAAACAUACUGAGGUAUAGUGGAUCUUCAGCAGCUUUAGAAAGGAUUCGCAGCUUUGGUACUCUGAAAGAGCCUAUAACUAUCCAAGUUCUUACAGUGGGAGAGUCACAUCGGCUGAAGAUCAAGUACAUAUAUUUUGUCAAGAAACCAGCUCAGUCAGAGAAGAUUUCUAAUAAAAAGAAGGAAUCUUUUAAUGCCAUACGAGAGACAAUUCUCUCAGAAUGGGUCAUUGAAGAAUGGGGAGAAUGUUCAAAGACAUGUGGGUUAGGAUGGCAGAGAAGAUCUGUAGAAUGCAAAGAUCUAAGGGGUCAACUUUCAGCAGACUGUGCCAAAGAAUUGAAGCCCGAUGACAUCCGACCAUGUGCAGACACACCAUGUCCUCAAUGGCAGCUUGGAAAUUGGUCAUCCUGUUCUAAGACUUGUGGGAAGGGUUUCAAAAAGCGGUUUUUAAACUGUGUUUCAUACGAAGGUAACAAUCUGCCUCAGGAAAGCUGUGAUCCUCUAAAAAAGCCAAAACAUUUGAUAGACUUCUGUACUAUUUCCAACUGUAGUUAGAAAGCAUCCGAUUUUGAAAAAAUGUUAGGUUCUAUCAAAAAUCAAUAUGCUGUAAGCAGAGUCUGGUGGAAAGAGUCUGUUGCACGUGCAAACCUGAGGUUCAAAAGUUGUUGAAUGGCAACAGAGCAAAUAACUGCUGUGGGGUCUACAUCGUGAAGCUUAAUACCAAUUGCACGUUUUGGAAGUAUGGUGAAUUGAUGUCCUUCGUUCAUCUUUAGAAAAUCCCUGGGGCUACAAAAGUUUAGAAUGUCUGUCAUCAGUGAAAAGGAAUGGAGACAAUUCCAUUUUUGCCAAAUUAGAGAAAUGAGCCUCAGGUGUUUCUAACAAUUAUUUAGCCUGAUAUGUUUGAAACUUCUAACUCAGUGGGCAGGCAAAUGUCUUCAUCUUUGUACUAGUACUUGGUCAGGGUCAACCUACCUCAGUUACGAAGGCCAAAAACAGGAGUAGAAAAUUAUAUUCAGCAUAGUUUGUUGUGGCUGCUAUUGUAUUACAGUAUAUUUUUAUAAAGAAAAUAAGCAAUAUUCUCAUCCAUAAACUUUAUGAAUAUUCCGUGGACCAAAUCUUGGCUGUAUUAUCAUACCCUAAUGUACUGCUUUCCAACAAAAGUUCUGUGAGCCAGAUGUUGUCCGUGCAAACUAUUACAUCAUUAUUUUUACAGGCACUGGCUCAGUAUAGAAUUGAAAAGGUCUUUUGAUGACCCCAUUAAGAAGUUGGACAGUACCUUUCUAUUUUUUAAAUUCUCAGUCGGUCCACAAGAUCCACAAGCAUUGCAGGUUUUAAGGAUUUUCUUUAAGUAACAAAAUGAAUACAUUAAAAAAUCCACCUCUUUUAAUGGGAUCAUAGCCUUGAAAGCUGUCUAAUUGGUUACUAGCAUUGAGAAAUUGUUUCUUAAUGGUAGGAGAAAAAGUAUGAAUGAUAGUGAAGUCGAUGACAUGUGUGCAUGAAUGUGUUGGCUUUUUACACCAAAAAGGGUUUACUUACAGUAUAGUUACAAAGUACUUUAGCUCUUGUGGGUCAAAAGUUAACACAAUGAAGUGUAAUCUACGUGUAGGCCAGUAUUGAGUACAAGAUAGAAAUAUAUAUCUAUAGAGAUGUAAACAAUGGGGGAUUUUAAAUAAAUAAGUAUAUUUUAGGAAUAUUACAUGUUCCUUGAAAAAUGCAAUAUGGAAAAAAAUAAAAUAAAAAUAAUUAUACCAGGGAUGGCCCACUGGCAGCUCAUCAGCUGUUGUUGGACUAAAAAUCCCAAGUAUCCAAGAGGAUUAUGGGAGUUAUCGUUCAAGAACCACUUUGGAGUCAAAGUAGACCACCCCUUUGGUAGACAGUCCUGAGGAUUGCAGGUUUAUCCACAACUGUUAACCAACCAAUAUUUGCCGUACGUCUAUGCAAGGUUAUAGACUCUUUGAGAAUAUGAUUUUAUUUUAUGUAUGUAUAUAUAUAUCUAUGAAAUGUACUUUAUAAGUAUUCGCUUUUUCUCUUCCAUGAAGGGUAUGUCCAGAGGACACAUAUUGAACCUAUUUAUUUUUGUACAUCAAUGAUUAUAUUUUAAGUUAUCGCUUCUUAUAACAUAGAGUAUUUAUGCAUUAUAAUGUUAAUAGAAAUAAUAAAAAAUACAAUUACAAAAAUAUUCCUGUUUGUUUUCUUCUUUGAAAAUUACUAGAUUUAUGAAUUUAUAUGUCAAAGCUGUUGGUUAUUAUAUAUGUGUAU